ACAGAGCUUACUGGUUUCUGGAGAUUUCAUGUAAGAAACGGACCUCAAGCUCCCCUUUCCUCUACGUCUGCGGCAGUUUUUAAACGGCUCUCAUCUUCUCUUCUGCCAAUUUAACUCGGAAAAUGAAGACCACCAAUGCACUUGGAGUAUGACAAAAGAUUUUUGGUUGUUGGACUGCUGUUUGCGUCUCUGUAACUCUUGUUUCUAGUUAAAUGAAUGCGUCGGACGGAGUGGACGAUUCCGCUCCUGGAGGUCCGCAUUGAGAAAGUCAACAUCUUGUCUUUGUUUUUUUCGACUUCAGAAGGAUGUAACGACAGAUCUGCUGAGUGCAGGCUGAAGCGUCCCCAUCAAAAUGCAAAAGGGAAUACGACUCAACGAUGGUCAUGUCACCUAUCUAGGGCUUUUGGCGAAAAAGGAUGGUACAAGGCGAGGGUGCUUGAGCAAAAAGAGCUCGGACAACACGAAAUGGCACACAAAGUGGUUCGCUUUGCUGCAGAACAUGCUAUUUUAUUUUGAGAACGAGUCAAGCUCUCGGCCGUCGGGAUUAUACUUGUUGGAAGGGUGCAUAUGCGACAGAGCGCCUUCACCGAAACCUUCUCUCUCAGCCAAGGAGUGCUUGGAAAAGCAGUACUACUUUACUGUAAACUUUACUCAUGAAAACCAAAAGGCUCUUGAGUUGCGUACAGAAGAUGUAAAAGACUGCGAUGAAUGGGUGGCUGCAAUAUCACAUGCCAGUUACAGAAACUUGGCCACCGAGCAUGAGUCGCUCAUGCAGAAGUAUCUUCAUCUGCUUCAAAUUGUUGAGACGGAGAAAACAGUUGCUAAGCAACUUCGACAACAGAUAGAAGAUGGUGAAAUAGAGAUUGAACGGCUCAAGUCAGAGAUUGCCGGACUGCUCAAAGACAAUGAGAAGAUCCAUGCAAGCCCUGCUGCUGCCCCAUCAGAAGAUGACUCAGAAAUCAAGAAAAUCAAAAAGGUUCAAAGCUUUUUGAGAGGCUGGAUUUGCAGAAGAAAAUGGAAGACCAUCAUCCAGGAUUACAUUCGCUCACCUCACGCAGAGAGCAUGAGGAAAAGGAACCAGGUGGUGUUUAGCAUGCUGGACUCUGAGGCCGAGUACGUCCAGCAGCUUCACAUCCUUGUGAACAACUUCUUGCGUCCACUACGCAUGGCUGCCAGCUCCAAGAAACCUCCCAUUACGCAUGAUGAUGUCAGCAGCAUUUUCCUCAACAGUGAAACUAUUAUGUUCCUGCAUCAAAUAUUUUACCAAGGACUGAAGGCCAGAAUAGCAAGUUGGCCGACAUUAAUGCUGGCUGACCUCUUCGACAUUUUGUUGCCCAUGCUUAACAUCUACCAAGAAUUUGUGAGGAACCACCAGUACAGCCUGCAGAUCCUGGCUCACUGUAAGCAAAACCGGGAUUUUGACAAGCUGCUGAAGCAGUAUGAGGCCAAGCCCGACUGUGAAGAACGAACUCUGGAGACUUUUCUCACUUACCCAAUGUUUCAGAUUCCAAGAUACAUUCUUACACUCCAUGAGCUUUUGGCCCACACACCUCAUGAACAUAUCGAGAGAAACAGCCUGGACUAUGCCAAAUCUAAGCUGGAGGAGCUUUCACGAAUAAUGCAUGAUGAGGUGAGCGAGACGGAAAACAUCAGGAAAAACCUGGCAAUAGAGCGUAUGAUCAUAGAGGGAUGUGAGGUCCUCCUUGACACCAGCCAGACAUUCGUGAGACAAGGAUCUUUAAUCCAGGUGCCAAUGAGCGAGAAGGGCAAGAUCACCCGUGGGCGGCUGGGUUCUCUGUCUCUAAAGAAGGAGGGGGAGAGGCAGUGCUUUCUCUUUUCUAAGCAUUUGAUCAUCUGCACCAGAGGUUCUGGGGGCAAGCUUCAUCUCACCAAGCUGAAUCGUACAGAACAGAUGACACGGAUGAUGAAGAACGGAGUGGUCUCGCUUAUAGACUGCACUCUGAUGGAGGAGCCUGAGGGGACAGAUGACGAGUCUAAAUCCGACAAGAGCGGCCAGGACAUGGAGCACCUGGAUUUCAAGAUUGUUGUGGAGCCAAAGGACAGCCAGUCAUUCACAAUCAUCCUGGUGGCCUCCUCCAGGCAGGAGAAGUCUGCUUGGACCAGUGACAUCAGCCAGUGCAUAGACAACAUCCGCUGCAAUGGUCUGAUGAUGAAUGCUUUUGAAGACAACUCUAAAGUCACAGUGCCUCAGAUGAUAAAAUCUGAUUCCAGUCUGUACUGUGAUGAUGUGGAUAUCCGCUUCAGCAAGAUGAUGAACUCCUGCAAAGUGCUACAGAUUCGCUACGCCAGUGUUGAACGUUUGCUGGAAAGACUGACUGAUCUCCGUUUCCUUUCCAUCGACUUCUUGAACACUUUCUUGCACUCCUACCGUGUAUUCACCACCGCUGAUGUGGUGCUGGAUAAACUCAUUACUAUCUACAAGAAGCCCAUCAGUGCCAUCCCUGCUCAGUCACUGGAGUUAUUCUUUGCCAGCAGCCAGAACAACAAACUCCUAUAUGGAGAGACUCCAAGUUCUCCUAGAGCCAGCAGGAAGUUUUCCUCCCCUCCUCCUCUUGCCAUUGCCAAGAACUCUUCCCCUAACCGCAGACGCAAGCUCUCUCUCAACAUCCCCAUCAUCACUGGGGGCAAAGCUCUUGACCUUGCUGCCCUCAGCUGCUCCUCAAAUGGCUAUGCAAGCAUGUAUUCCACCAUGUCACCAUUUAGCAAGACCACCUUGGACAUCAACAAGCUCUAUGUGUCCAGUCCCAUUUCAAGCAAAAUCCCUGAUGAGGGAGAAGAUAAAAAGGACAAGGUUGAAGAGACAUCAGUGUGCAAACAAGAUCUUUCUGUAAGAGAAGAGAGUGAUAAUGAUCAAAACCACAGUGACGACGGGGACCCAGAAGCAUCUCCAACCAAGUCCCCAACCACACCAAAAAACGUCAAAUGCAAAAACUCCUCAGAGUUUUCUCUCUUUUCCUAUAACAAUGGCAUGGUCAUGUCUUCGUGUCGGGAGCUCGACAACAACCGCAGUGCUCUGUCUGCUGCCUCGGCCUUUGCCAUUGCCACAGCUGGAGCCAAUGAGGGAACGCCUACAAAGGAAAAAUAUCGGCGGAUGUCUCUUGCCAGCACAGGUUUCCCAACAGAUCAGAGAAAUGGUGACAAGGAGUUUGUGAUCAGACGAGCGGCGACCAACAGAGUCCUGAAUGUCCUGAGGCACUGGGUGUCCAAACACUUCCCGGACUUUGAGAGUAACAAUGAGCUGAAAACUAAGGUUAUUGCCUUCCUGGAGGAAGUGAUGCAUGAUCCUGAGCUGCUUACACAAGAGAGGAAAGCAGCAGCAAAUAUAAUCAGGACUUUAACUCAGGAGGAUCACAGUGACAACCAGAUCACCAUGGAAGAUGUGACACAACUGGUUGGAGGGGGGAAAGCUGAACCAUUUGAGAGCCACUCUGCCAUGGAAAUAGCAGAGCAACUAACUCUCCUUGACCACCUGGUGUUUAAAGUCAUUCCCUAUGAGGAAUUCUUUGGUCAAGGUUGGAUGAAGAAUGACAAAAAUGAGAAGACCCCAUAUAUCAUGAGAACCACAAAGCACUUCAAUGAUACAAGCAACCUGAUCGCCACAGAGAUCCUGCGAUGUGACGACUUGGUCUCCCGGGUGGCUGUCAUAGAGAAAUGGGUGGCUGUGGCUGACAUAUGCCGUUGUUUGCAUAACUACAAUGCUGUGCUCGAAAUCACCUCUUCUCUAAACCGUAGCUCCGUUUUCCGCCUCAAGAAGACCUGGCUCAAGGUUUCCAAACAGACCAAAACCCUCAUUGACAAGCUCCAAAAGCUGGUUUCAUCAGAAGGAAGGUUCAAGAACCUGAGAGAAGCUCUAAAGAACUGUGAUCCUCCCUGCGUUCCAUAUCUGGGGAUGUACCUCACUGAUUUGGCUUUCAUUGAAGAAGGAACACCAAACUACACUGAAGACAAUUUGGUCAACUUCUCAAAGAUGAGGAUGAUAUCUCACAUAAUCAGAGAAAUCAGGCAGUUUCAACAAACAGCAUAUAAGAUUGACCUGCAACCAAAGGUAGCUCAGUACCUACUGGACAAGAGCUUUGUUCUUGAUGAGGAAAGCAUGUAUGAAGCCUCACUCAGAAUUGAGCCUAAAGUGCCCAACUAAUGGGGAAACUGGUCCUUCACACAUUUUCUUUGUUAAUAUAACAUAUAAGUUAACAUCCAUAUUUGCAUAUGUAUAGCUGUACAUGUUAAAGAUAUAUGUUCUUUUGUACAGUAGAUGUUUAAACUUGUUUGAUGACACAUUUUUGGUGUAUAUUUUUUGGUCUGUUGUCCUGUUGACACCUUGACUUUUAUUUUUAGUUUUUGUUUAAAUAAUCAAAUAAUAAUAACAAUAAUAAUAUUAACAAUAAUAGAGGUCACUGUAGUUGCAUGCAACUGUGUUUCUUAGUGACCAAUGACAUUAUUUUGCAUCAUAUACUACUGUGUCGAAUUUGCACUUACUGAGCACUAAUGCUGCUGGCUGUUUUUCAGCAGGCUUGAGUUUUAUUGAUCAAUGAAGUUCUCUGCAAACAA